GAAAGAAAUCCAGGGGUCGCAGUAGAAGACGGAAGCAGCAGACAAAGCCGAGAAAAAAAAACGCCGUCCUCCCCAAGCGCCCCCCUCACUCAGGAACCAAAUCGAACAACCCAGAGAAGCCAUGGAGCGGCUGCAGCGGAUCUUCGGCGCCGGCGGGAUGGGCCAGCCGCCGUCGGACUCGCCGCUGCUCGACUCCUCCGAGCAGGUCUACAUCUCCUCCCUCGCCCUCCUCAAGAUGCUCAAGCACGGGAGGGCCGGCGUGCCGAUGGAGGUCAUGGGCCUCAUGCUCGGCGAGUUCGUCGACGACUACACGGUCCGGGUGGUCGACGUCUUCGCCAUGCCGCAGAGCGGGACGGGGGUCAGCGUCGAGGCCGUCGACCACGUCUUCCAGACCAACAUGCUCGACAUGCUCAAGCAGACCGGCAGGCCAGAAAUGGUGGUAGGGUGGUAUCACUCUCAUCCUGGUUUUGGUUGCUGGCUAUCGGGUGUUGACAUCAAUACUCAACAGAGUUUCGAAGCUUUGAACCCCAGGGCAGUUGCCGUCGUGAUCGACCCCAUCCAGAGUGUCAAGGGGAAGGUGGUCAUCGAUGCAUUUCGUCUCAUUAACCCUCAGACCAUGAUGCUUGGGCAGGAGCCACGUCAGACAACAUCCAAUGUUGGGCACCUGAAUAAGCCAUCUAUUCAGGCUCUUAUUCAUGGGCUCAAUAGACACUACUACUCUAUUGCAAUAAAUUACCGCAAAAAUGAGCUCGAGGAGAAGAUGCUGCUUAACCUUCACAAAAAGAAAUGGACUGAUGGAUUAAUUCUGAAGAAAUUUGACGCACAUUCAGAAACCAAUGAGCAGACUGUUCAGGAAAUGCUGAGCCUAGCCAUCAAGUACAACAAGGCAGUGCAAGAGGAGGAUGAGUUGUCCCCUGAGAAAUUAGCGAUAGCUAAUGUGGGACGGCAAGAUGCGAAGAAGCAUCUAGAAGAGCAUGUCUCAAAUCUGAUGUCGUCGAACAUAGUUCAGACCCUAGGUACCAUGCUUGACACGGUUGUCUUUUAGUCUACCACUACUGUUGUUCCAAAUCAUUCAUGUUAUGUAUCCAAAGCCUGCCACAACGCAGCAAGGCAAUUCGUGUUCUAACAGUUUGCUCGACAGACUCAAUUUUCUGUAGUACUAUCUUCUGUAUGUUUAAUUUCGCAGCAAUUUUCAUGGGUGUACUUUAAAA